CGGCGCGGUCGGGGCCGGCGGUGACCGUGGGGCGCCUCGGGGUCCGCCCGGCCCUGCCCGGCCCUGCCCCGACCCGACCGAGCCCCGGCGGGCGGGAGCGCGGCCGGAGAUCCCGCAGGUGGUCGUGCACUGAACAGGUUGCCCAGAGGGGUUGUGGAGUCUGCCUUACUGGAGAUAUUCCAGACCUGCCCAGACACAGCCCUGUGCCAUGUCUCUGGGAUGACCCUGCUUGAUGAGAGGAGUUGGACGAGAUCCAUUGUGGCCCCUUGCAGCCUUAUUCAGUCUGUGAUUCUGAGUGGGCAGCUAUGCUGGAGAAGAUAGAUAAAUUAUAUAAAAAUACUUCUGGUUUGCAUGCAGCAUUUCUCUGACUGGUUGUGAAGGCUCGUCAUAUGAUACAGAUAACUUGAAGAGAUUUUGGACAGUUCUUGAAGGUUGACUGCAUUUUGAAUUGCAAUAAGUGUUGCAACACAGCACAUGUCUAAAUAUGCAGUUUGCUAAUAUGCUUCUGAGAAGAAUUGUAAGAAGUUCUGUCCUUCCAUUUGCCACACAACAUGGGAUGAAAAAGGAUUUGUUUCCACUCAGUAGAACUCUGAGUUUAUCACUUUGUCUGAAGCAAGACAAGUCAUAUGAACCCUCAGAAAAACUGGAUUUAGAUGAGUGGAAGAAGGUAAUGAAAUCUGGGUUGCAAGAAGAGGUCACUGAGAUGGUCUCAGAGCCUAAGGAGCUUUCCAGUUUGGCUGCUGCACGUGAGACUUUGGAGAUGUGGAGGCUAGCUGGCAGAGCAGUUCCAGAAAAUAUUAGUGAAGAACAGCUAAAAACCUUUAUGGAGUGUCCUUCUAAGUCAGCUAAAAAGAAGUAUUUAAAAUAUUUGCAUCUCAAAGAACUUCACAAGAAAAAUGACAAGAGAAAGAUGGAAGAGAAAAGGGAAAGGAGGCUGGAAGCACAAGAUCAAGAUUCAAAACCAGAUGAGAUCAAAAAGAGUUCAUUCCUGUAUUUCUGGUCCCACACUAUGGAUAAAGCAUACAAUUGGAGGGCUGCUCAGUCCAUGAUCUUUGGCCAGCCUCUAGUAUUUGACAUGUCUUAUGAAAAAGAGAUGUCUCUCCGAGAAGUCUCAAAUACAGUGAGACAGAUAGUAAUGAGUGAAGGCAGCAAUCGGAGAUCUGUGGACCCAUUCCACAUCCACUUCUGUAACUUCAAAGAUGAUAGCCUCUAUCACAGGGAAUUUAUCAAGAAUUAUAGAGAGGCAUGGGACAAACUGCUUAUCACAGUGACAGAUAAGUGCUACACAGAAAUCUUUCCAAAGGAUAAGCUCAUCUAUCUGACAGCUGAUUCUCCCAAAGUAAUGAAAACAUUUGAUCACGAUAAGAUCUAUAUUGUUGGGUCAAUGGUUGACAGGAGCAUAAAAACAGGAGUCUCUUUAGCACGGGCAAAGCGACUAGGACUGGAGACUGCAGCCCUUCCACUGGAGAAGUAUUUGCUUUGGAGUACUGGUGCCAAAAAUCUCACACUGGAUCAAAUGAUGCAUAUUUUAUUAACUGUGAAAGAUACUGCUGACUGGAAGAAGGCUCUGGAAUUUGUUCCGAAAAGGAAAUACUGUGGCUUUGUAAACAAGCCUGUGAAGGAAUUGAAAAAAACGUUAGACCUGAUCAACACACUCAAACUUGGAAAGGGACGGGAAAAAGUAGAAAAGCAAUUUGCCAAAAACUACCCCCAGAGGUAUAAACUAAAGCAGAAGUAGAGUGAUGGGGAGGAAAAUGAAUUUUUUACACACAAACUGUGCCGUUUUCUUGGAACCCUGUUCAGCUUUUAAUCUCAAAACAUAUUUUGUUGCUUAUGUUUGAAAUUACCGUCAUUAAGAGUUGGGUUUUUUAAUUACUUUAGUAGUCCAGCUGUUUAAAUUUAUUCACACAUUAUUGAAAUUAUGUAAGAGAAAUAAGAUAAUAUGUUGUAAAAAAUCUACACAAAGACUGUCAGUCUGUUCAAUUGAACUGUGCUUGCACAAGGGUGAUUGUUACUGAAUGCAAAGGUCUUCAGAGCUCUCUGCUUUGGAGGCUGUCUACAGUUUUAUUCUGUAAGAUCACUAAGAUGAAGUAGAAGAGACUCUCCCCAUUACUUCCUGAAUCCUCUUGUGUGCAAAUGAAUUGACCUUUGAUAGCUGAACUAAAUGGUUAAAACCUUGUGUGAGUUUGGGGAACUGCACCAUUUAUUUCUGGAUGUUCUAUCUGCCACAAAUAAAGUCCCUGUUUGGAAGGAACCAGGCAAAUUUCUUGACUGUGCUGAAAAAAAAAUAAAUUAAUCUUACCUA